CAACAACAGCGAGUUACUUCAGUCGCUGCAGCUGUUACUUUCGAGAAAAAAACUCCGUUACACGCCGAUCAUCGUCGUGGCUUCUUCUACUAAUUUGGGUUAUAUCCGUGUUAUGCAUCAGAAAUUGAGCGGAUGGGGACCCUACAGCAUCAACUGUUCCAACGACCCGCCUUCCUUCACUUCCGUCGCUGGCCGUUGAAUGUCGUAUUCCCCGACCUCAAUUUCAUCACGGUGCACUACGCGUACUUCAUCUUCGUUUGUCUUGUUUCUUCUGGUAUCUUUUGGGGGGCGUCGAGGCCGGUUGGAGCGGUGUCGUACGUUGAUUCGUUGUUUCUUGUCGUGAGUGCGAUGUCGCUGACUGGGUUGAAUACGAUCAAUCUUUCGACACUCAACACGUUUCAGCAGUUCCUUCUCUUUUUCCUUAUCCUCAUCGGUUCGUCCAUCUUUGUGUCCGCCUUUGUCGUUUGGAUCCGUACGCAUUAUUUCGCGAAGAAGUUCAAGCAUGUCGCCGAGCAGCAGAGGAAGCGUCGUCAAGAGGAGCGGGAGAGGGAUAUUGAUGCUAGAAGGGUUGAGUUGGCUACGACAAGGAGAAGGCGCAGCAGUGCUGGUGAUGGUAUUAGUAUGUUCAGGACGUUUACGCAUCAGAGUACGAGGGAUAGGAGGGCAUCGUUGAGCCGCUACAUCACUAUGGAUCCCGAUCCAGUUGUUGACGACAAAGAAAGCGACGAAGACUACGACGUUGCACCCGGCAGCCCUCUCCCUCGUUCUCGCCAGCGUUCUGGUCUCGGUAUCCCACAGUCAGGGUCGGGGUUGGGCUCAUCGGUUCUCGGCUCUGACGAUGUCUUCGUCGAUGAAGCCGUUGAACCACAGGUUGCUCAUACCCGAACCCAUAUCUCAUUUGCGCCGCCACGAGACACCCCAAGCCGUCCCACGACAAGUUCCGGCCUCAGGAACACUUUGCUGAACUUUCAAGGCGUGGGAGCGUCAGCAACGCCCGCUCGUUCCCUCACAUUCAGCCCAGCCCCCACGCGAAUUGCCGCAGACGGCAACCCCGCCACCCUACCCAUGAUCAGCGCCCCAAGCGUCGGCCGAAACUCAACGUUCAUGUUCUUGACGAAAAGUCAACGCGAGGAACUUGGUGGUGUGGAAUACCGCGCCAUCCGUGUCCUGGGAUGGUUGGUCCCCGCUUACUACAUCCUCUGGCAACUCCUCGGUUCGAUUGGGUUGGGGUGGUGGAUGGCGACGCAUUCAUCCUACACCACCCAGAUCCGCGAGAAUGGGAUUAACCCGUGGUGGUUGGGCGCGUUCAACACCGUCUCUGCAUUCAAUAAUUCAGGAAUGAGUUUAUUGGAUGCGAAUGUCCAGCCGUUUUUUGAUGCGUAUUAUGUCUUGAUUACGAUGUCCUUGCUGAUUUUAGCGGGGAACACGAUGUACCCUGUCUUUCUCCGAAUCAUUCUCUGGUUGAUGCGGAAGGUUCUCGACUUCCUUCCAGAAAGAGGACGGUGGGCACAGAUGCGCGCAACGGUGGAUUUCUUGUUGGAGCAUCCGAGACGGUGUUAUACCAACCUUUUCGGACGUGGACAGACGUUGUGGCUUGCGGGUGCCGUGUUUGUCCUUAAUUCGUUCGAUUGGUUCUUCUUCGAAAUCCUGAAUUUGGGGAAUAGUGCGAUCGAAGCAAUCCCCACUGGUCCCCGUAUCAUGGAUGGACUCUUCCAGGCGUUCGCUGUUCGGAGUGGGGGGUUCUAUGUCGUUAAUAUUGCGACGUUGAGAAUCGGAGUGCAGGUGUUGUAUGUCGUUAUGAUGUACAUCUCUGCGUUCCCGAUCGCUUUGUCGAUUCGUAACACAAACGUGUACGAGGAGCGGAGUUUGGGGAUUUAUGCGGCUGAUAUGCCGGGUGCUGGGGAAGAUGAUUCGCUUAGUUCUCGAGGAGAGAGGGAGCGGGAGAGGUUAACUGCGAAGCAGUUCGUCACGACGCAAUUGCGUGCGCAGUUGGCACAUGAUUUGUGGUGGCUCGCGUUGGCGGUAUGGUUGAUCUCGAUUGUGGAGUAUCAAUCCUUCGAAGACCAACCCGCCAAUUUCUCUAUCUUCAACGUCAUCUUCGAAGUCGUCUCCGCAUACGGCACAGUCGGACUCUCAGUCGGUUUCCCCAACGUCGACUACUCCUUCUCCGGAGCACUCAAACCCCUCAGCAAACUGAUCAUGUGUGCGGUGAUGUUGAGGGGACGGCAUCGGGGGUUGCCGGUCGCGAUUGAUCGGGCGGUGUUGUUGAAGGGAGAGGAUGUCGAGGAGGGGGAAGGUAGGGGAAUAGAGGAAGAGGAUGGGAUGGUUGGGAAGACGUUAGGGGAUUUGAGGAGGAGGAGUCGGUUGGAUUUGGGGUGGGGGCCGGAUAGGCCUGGGGCUGGGAGGAGGGCUAUGAAUGAGGAGGCUGUAGAACCAUGAGAGGGAAGCUUGGAUUGUAUGUAU